UUUUUUGCCCCUAGUGUUCUGUGUCAAUAGGGACAGUAAUGUUUGUAUGAUAAAGUUUUCUAUGAUUUAGGUCAUAUCUGUCUAGUGUUUCUUCACAGUGUCUGGUACGCAAUAAGCAUUCAGUAAAUGGGGAUUACCAAGAAUGACAGUGCCUUUGCUUUUAUUGGGCUUAUGGACAAAAUAAAAUAAAAAAAAGAAGAAAAAGGUAGAGAUUAAACACAUGGUAUAAAAUCUGUAUAAGAGUUUGUUGUGCAAGGAUUCUAAUUCUGCACAGAAAGAUCUUGCAAGAGAUGAAUCUUAUGUAGGAAUAUGAAAAAUAGAAUUCUAGAGAGCAGGUAACUGAACAGUGUGAACCAGUUGGUGCCCUGCUCAUGAUUGAUUAGAGUGCUACUUCCAGGACCUUAAGGCAGCAAGAGGUCACACCAGUAAGUGUUUUUGGAGGCCUGGACCUUGUUUGGUCCCUAAUGAAUUUUGUCUAUUGUCCUUUCUCAGAUUCUAAUGGUCUCCUCCCAUUUUAUUGGCAUAUGGCAGAGUUGGUGUCUGUGGGGAAGGAUUUUAGUUGGUCAGUACCACUGAAUUGGUUUGGAUAUAGUUGAGUUUGGCAGCCAUUUUAAGACUUACUAUGAAAGUAUAGAGACUGCAGAUGUUCAGUAGUAAGGAACUUAACCUUUGAUUUUCAGCCCAUUUCAGAUUCCAUGGAGAAUUCUGGAGAAAUGUUUAAACCUUCCCCAAAGCUUUGGCUGUUUUAGAGUCAAGAAGCUGAAUGACUUACAGGGUGUCACCUGAGGAUCUAGAACAAUCUGUAGAAAUAGAAUUCAGUUUUGGACAUUUCCUUCGUUUUGGUGUGUAUGGGUGUUUUGCCUGCCUGUGUUUCUGUGUGCUACAGUACAUACAGUGCCCCUAGAGGCUGGAAGAGGGUAUCAGAUCCCUGGAGUCACAGCUAUUGACUAUUGUAGGUCAUAUGGUACUGAGAAUUGAACCUGGGUCUUUUCAAAAAUAGCCAUGUGCUCUUAACCACUUGGCCACCCUGGCCCUUGGCAUGAAUAGACUUCUGAUUUCAGUUAGUGAUAUAUAGUUAACUAUAACUUAAUGAUCCAGUUAUCCUUAGUUUCUGCUCUUUAUUUCUUUAAUCUCUAAAGUUUACUUCAAGUUCCUCAGUGUAUACGUUAAGGGAAAUUUUGUAUGCUCAUAUCUAGUUUGUCAUUUACUGUAUACUUACUUAGUGUGUGCCGCAUGUUUUGCUUUGCGGUGUUACCUUAAUUACGUCUCCGGAGCUCUUUGGACCAUUGCUGCCUCCAUUUUAUAGACAAGGAAACAAGAAAAUGAAUGUAAAUGAUUUCACCAAGAACCCAGAGAUUAGGUCUGGGACUGCGAUUGUUUUGAAGUUUCUGAACGCUUAAGGCAAAGCUCUAGGUGUCGAAGGGAGCCAUGGCCGGCCGGGAAGCAGAGGAAGUGCUCGACAUCCUUCGGCUGAGCGUGGGUGGCUGCACUUACACAGCCCGGCGAGAGUCUCUGUGCCGCUUUAAGGACUCCAUGCUGGCAUCUAUGUUCAGUGGUCGUUUCCCUCUAAAAACGGAUGAAUCUGGGGCGUGUAUUAUUGACCGUGAUGGACAUCUAUUUAAAUACAUUUUGGACUACCUCCACGGGGAGGUUCAGACCCCCUUGGACGAGCAGACUCGAGCCGCCCUGCAGGAAGAGGCUGACUACUUUGGCAUCCCUUACCCGUACAGCCUGUCUGACCACUUGGCCAAUGAGAUGGAGACAUAUUCUUUAAGGUCAAAUAUAGAACUUAAAAAGGCUUUAACAGACUUCUGUGAUUCCUAUGGCUUAGUUUGCAAUAAACCAACAGUUUGGGUUCUCCACUAUCUUAACACAUCUGGUGCAAGCUGUGAGAGUAGAAUUAUUGGUGUCUAUGCUACAAAAACUGAUGGGACAGAUGCCAUUGAUAAGCAGCUGGGAGGAAGAAUUCACAGUAAAAGCAUUUUCAAAAGAGAGGCGGGGAAUAAUGUCCAGUACAUUUGGAGCUAUUACUCAGUAGCCGAGCUGAAGAAAAUGAUGGAUGCCUUUGAUGCUUGGGAAGGAAAAGGAGUCAGCUACUGGCGUGUGCCCCACGAGCUGAUAGAGUGUUGGACUUUGGAAGAACGGCCUUUACAUGGAAGCCUGCGCCAUAUGGCCCCAAUUCGAAAGAGGCGGCUGAUAGCCCUCAGGGAAGAGGACGAAGGUGUGAACUGUAAGACUGGUCCUAAGCCAGUCAGAUUUUUGGGCCCUUCUACAAGUACCCAAAUUAAAGUCAAGAACUCUGCUUCAGUGAGGGUGUCACCUGCCAACGCUGCCCAGCUCUCCUCUCAGGCUACGGCAAACCGCUCUCAAAGAGGCAGUGGUGGGAAGGCUGCCCAGUGCUCUGUGGCCACAGGGGCGUCUGGACAUGGUCCUGCUUCCCCAGAUGCCCAGAGCUCUGAAAACCAAGCCACACAGCCACCUCCCGCCAAGGUGCUCCUUUCUGACAAGAAGUCUCCACCCCAUCGAGUGAUCAAGCUGAGGCGGACUCCACUGUGCGGGGGGCCUUCCCUGCCAACCCCCUCAGCAGCGAGCCAGGCUGGCUUCCCCCAGCUGCUGUCUCCAGAAGCUUCCAGCACUUUGGGUGUGCAGACUGAGAACAGGAAAGACCAGCCUGAUGGCUAAAGUGGGCUUGAAGCUGCCUGUUUGUCCCACAGCCUCCAGCAUGCUGGCUCUGACAGUGUUCUUGGCAGGGAAGAUCUAACCGUGGAUGUUGAGGGUUAUUACAGGGAAAGUGAAUGCCAUGACUUGGGCAUAGAGGAGGGGACUUUAUGGGUAGGGUUAUCAUUUACUUUGCGUUUUCUCGAGGGUGGCUAUGUGCAGUUUGGUUUCUGGUUUUUAAUUUUAAGCUUUAUUUAAAUGGUUAAGUGCUAUCACGGCAACCAAGCAGUAAGAAGUCUCCCUUUUUGCAGUAGUAGUAGAGUCUUCAGUGUUAUUCCUCCAGCCCAAGGGUGGGAGUGAGGUUUGGGCCUCACUUCUGUCAGAUGGAGAGGGGUACCUGUGCUGGCCACACUGUGGUGGCCAGGAGCAGAGGUCUCACAAGGGAGUGACUCCACCAGUUGCCCCUAGUUGCUUAUUUUCCAGAGACAACAUGAGAGAAGUGAUGGGGAAAGGGGGAAGGGAUGUAGUUAAAGCUCGGAUGCUGAUCUCACUUACUUGGGCUGUUUUCUUUUCUUGAUUGGCUCUCUACUUUGCUCUGUUAGCAGCUGUGUCUUUUGUGUGCACCCCAAGGGGAAUGCAUGUGGUAGGAACUGUAGAACGGGUUUUGGAACGGUUAAAAUAUGGUAGUUUACUUUGGUGAUGUUUUGAAGUACUUUGAAAAAGAGAAGUUAAACAAGUUUAGCUUUCUAACUCAAGCUAGUUUGUUGUAGAAGUGACCAUUGAAGAGUCCUUCUGAUUACACACUGUGCUUCAUGCGUACAAUUUCCAUAUAACUUGAACUUAACUAUUUUUAAACAAAAUAUUUUGAUUAAUCUAUUUUUUUUUCAUGACCAUUGAGUUAUGUGUGCUUUCUCUUAUAUAUUAUGUCUGGUAAUUACAUUGUACAUUUCUCCUUCCCAUGAGCCCCGUGCCUCAGUAUUUCUAGAAGCAGGUUCAGAGAGCAGGGUGUCCUUUUCUCAGUUGCUGGGCAUUGCAUUGCUUUGAAAAAGUGAGGCAGGUAUAUUCAUGAUGUUUCUUUUUAAAUAAAUAAAGCAUUUCCAUAAAAACGUGA